AUGUCUGCCGAAAACGACUUGAAAGGCCGCGUGGCUCUCGUUACCGGAGCCUCUGGAGGAAUUGGCGGAGCUUGCGCUCGCAAACUGGCUCCGUACGGGAUCGACCUGGCCCUCACAUACUCAUCGAGCAAGGCGGCAAUUGACGAGCUAGUUGCCCAGCUCCAGAAGGAUUUUCCGGCUGUGAAGAUCACUACUCACCAGGCGGACCUUUCCAACACCGAGCAGACACUCGCGUUAUGUGAGGAAGCCGCCAAGGCCCACGGAAAGCCCAUUUCCAUCCUCGUCAGCAAUGCCGGGAGGGGAAAACGCUACCCCCAGAUCUGGGACAUCCCAGUCGACGAGUUCGACCUGACUAUUGCAACGAACCUGAAAGCCUCGUUCCUGCUGUGCAAGGGCGUUGCCGAAGGCAUGAGGGACCAGAAAUGGGGCCGAAUUGUCUUCAUCUCGAGCAUUGCCGCCUACGGCGCUGGCGUGAAUGGUGCGCAUUACGCUGCAAGCAAAGGUGGCCAGCUUGGAAUGAUGAAGAACCUGAGCACGAGGCUCGCAGAGUACGGAAUCACCGUCAAUGACGUAGCACCGGCCAUGAUUGGUGACACUGGCAUGUUCCCGUCUACCGACACCGUUCCCGGCGUUGUCGAUACCAUUCCAGUGGGUAGACUUGGAAAACCGGAUGAGGUGGCAAAUGCAGUCGAGAUGUUUGUGAAGACGCCGUACUGUACCGGACAGAGCGUGGUAGUUGCUGGCGGACUCAUGCAUAAGUAG